AUGUGUGUGCUAGGUUUCGGGCCUGAAGAAUCGAGGAGAGCAGGAGACUACAGGGGCUGGAUCGAGGGCGAGGCCGGUGCGGCACCGCCGUCGCAUCCUGUCAAUGCCGAGGACUGGACGCGCACAUAUGAGUUGUGGAGCCCUAAUCUACGAGAUGUCGACCUGGGGCUUGUUGAGGACAAGAUCGAGCGCCUCUUCCGGGAUACCUACAAUCAGUACCUCCUGACGGACGCAGGCGUAUCCCGUCUGGUACUGGUGUUGCCAUCUCUCAUUCCACAUCCGCUAUUAUCGUCAAUCCUAUCGACGUUGUUCAGUCGCUGGCGCUUCCCUUCCAUCACGCUCUUGUCCAGCGCCACUAUGUCGGCUACGGCUGCGGGUUUACGGUCAGCGUUGGUGGUUGACCUUGGGUGGGCAGAGACGACUGUGACGGGAAUCUACGAAUAUAGAGAAAUCGCGACAAGACGAAGUAUGAGGGCUAUGAAGUUCGUACUGCAGGAGAUGGGACGACUUCUCACGGGCCUGGCUUCGGGCGACCCAGAAAAGCCCUCGGCGGAUGAGAUCUCAGUCGGGUUCGCAUAUUGCGAGGGCAUCACCAGCCGAUUGGCAUGGUGCAAGAGCCAAGCAGGAGAUGAAGCGAUGGACGGACUUUCCAGCAAGACCGUCUCGAUUCCCUCCCCAACCCACCCGGAACAAGAGUACAUGGACGUGCCAUUUUCGCGUCUCGCUGAACCCGUUGAGAAGGUCCUUAUUGCACCAGGUGUCGCAGAGGACGAGUUUGACGAUGAAGAGAAUUCAAUACCCUUACUUGUCUACAACACUCUUCUGGCGUUGUCGCCCGACACGCGUGGCACUUGCAUGUCGCGCAUUGUGUUCGUGGGUGGAGGCGCUAGAAUUCCCGGGCUUCGACGGCGGAUUCUUCAUGAGGUAUCCUUGCUGAUUGACCGGCAUGGAUGGACUCCAGUUCGAGGAAAAGCCCUUGAGCGCCAGCGACAACGGCUACGUGAGCUCAGAUUGGCCACGGAGAAACACUCGUCCAAUUGUGAACCGGAGCGGUCCGCAAGCACUGAUGCAUCAUCAUCCGCUGAUGGCGAGCGGCCAGACCCCUCGAAGGAAGAACCAGAGCUCGACUUCGUGGAGCAAAAGUUGCGUAGACAGAACAAGGACAUCCCAAUCCCCAUCCAGGGCGUCCUGCGCGAGGUCGAGUCUCUUGGCGCUUGGGCUGGGGCCAGUCUGGCGACGAGCCUGAAGAUCCGGGGCAUGGUUGAGAUCGACCGCGAGAAGUUCCUGCAGCAUGGACUGGCCGGUGCGACUCGGGAUUCGGAGCCCCCGGUACCUGAUCGGCGGUCGGGCCUACGAGCAGGUGGUGAUCGGUCCAGCUGGACCCUAGCAGGCUGGGCUUGA